AUGACACCGACAAUUACAGUUAUAGGGUCCCUCAAUUACGACUUGGUUACGUUCACCAACAAGGUGCCAGAAGGUGGCGAGACCUACCAGGCCAAUUCAUUUGAAAUGCAUAUGGGUGGCAAAGGUUUGAACGAAGCAAUUGCUGUGGCAAGAUUAUCACCAGACGGUAAGGUUAACACAAGAAUGGUUGGCAAGGUGGGAACAGACCAAUUUGGAGCGAGCUUGAAGCAGUGUCUUGUUGAUUCCGGAGUUGAUGUGUCAAACGUGAAAACAGUUGAUGGGUCUUCGGGAGUGGCUGUCAUUAUUGUCGAGGAGAGUGGUGAAAAUCGAAUUUUAAUCACACUGGGGGCAAAUGGGGAAUUGAAGUUGUCUGAUGAGGAAUAUGCAUCCAUCUUCAAAGAUGACUCGUUUGUUGUGUUGCAGAAUGAGUAUCCCGAUACUGCCAAGAGCAUCACUUGGCUAAAGAAAAACAGGCCAGAUAUUAAUAUUGCAUACAAUCCUUCCCCAUACAAGCCAGAGUUGAUUACGAAUGAAAUAUUAUCCAAGAUAGACCUUUUGAUUGUCAAUGAGGGAGAGGCGCAAGACGUCGCAAGGCAUCUCUUGGGAGGCACUGUGACGCUGUUUGACAUGUUGGCAGUGGAAAUUCAAAAGCUUCUUCAUCAAGGGAAUGUCAAAACGGUUGUUAUCACCAUGGGCAGCGAGGGAAGUAUCUUUUACAACGGGGAAAGCGAACCUACAUUUAUCCCCGCCAAAAAGGUUGAUUCCGUUGUUGACACAACUGGCGCAGGUGAUACAUUUUUUGGUGCGCUUGUUUCUAAUUUAGCAUUAGGGCAGAAUCUUGAAGAGGCUGUUAAUUUCGCUACUAAAGCUAGCAGCUUGGCAAUUCAAAAGACAGGAGCUGCAGAGAGUAUACCAUUUUAUAAAGAUGUCUAA